AUGGCUUCAAGCUCUGGUUUGACGCGCCGGAGAGGAGGAGGAGGCGCCGCAGGCACUGGCGAGGACGAAGGCAGCCGGGUUGGCUCGCCAGCACCCAGGCGCAACGACGACCGUGCCCCCGAAACUUCCUACGAGAGCUCGGAGAAUGGCCACAAGAUUGCAUUCGACCCGCGGGAUAUCAGUGAGAGCGCAGAAAGGAGCAAACAGCCCAAGCUGACGCUCAUGGAGGAGAUCAUUCUCAUGGGGCUGAAAGACAAGCAGGGAUAUCUUUCAUUUUGGAACGACAACAUCUCAUAUGCAUUGCGAGGAUGUAUCGUCAUAGAACUGGCGUUCCGAGGCCGCGUGAGCAUGCAGAAGGACUCGUCGCGGCGGCGGUUCCCUCUGGCAGACCGGGUCAUUGAGGUUGUUGACGACACGCUGACAGGGGAGGUACUGUUGGACGAGGCAUUGAAGAUGAUGAAAUCGAGCGAGAAGAUGAGCGUCAAUUCGUGGAUCGAUCUCAUGAGUGGAGAAACAUGGAAUCUUAUGAAGAUUGGCUACCAACUGAAGCAAGUACGCGAACGACUAUGCAAGGGCCUUGUGGACAAGGGCAUCCUGCGCACCGAGAAGAAGAACUUCCUCCUCUUCGACAUGGCCACACAUCCCAUGGCCGAUGGCGGCGCAAAGGAAGAGAUUAGACGCCGAGUCCGGAACGUCCUCACAAACCGCACGGUGGUCCUCCCAGGCACCCAGUUCCUCCCCGAAGAGCUCGAGUUCAGAUACAUCCGAACGAUUACCAUGGUCUGCGCCGCGUAUGCCGCGAACGUACUUGAGAACGCCUUGACGACGCUGGGACAUGAAGCACGAGAGCGUGCUUUUGCUCAGGUGGACGAAUUGCUGGCAGAGUACUCACAGUGGCCGUUUGCAAGGAGACAGGGGGGCUCGCAAGGAGUGGGAGCCAAUUUGGGCCAGGUCAUCACUGACGAAGUCAAUGGUUCCAAGGAUAAGGAACUGUCACUUGAGGUGGUCGCGGCGUGCCUCAGCGUGUUCACGCGGCUCGAUUCACUGCUUUAA